GUUGCCUCAUGUCCUGGUAGUGGCCACUACUGGGUCCAUCCUCUUGAUGUGCAUACCUGAGUGUUUAUCUCUCUUCAGCCUCUGGAGCACUAUUUUGAAGAAUGUCUGGAAGUUUCUACUUCGUGAUAGUUGGUCAUCAUGAUAAUCCCAUAUUUGAAAUGGAAUUUCUACCUCCUGGAAAAGUAGAGUCUAAGGAUGAUCAUCGUCAUCUCAACCAGUUCAUUGCCCAUGCUGCUCUUGACCUAGUGGAUGAGAACAUGUGGCUUUCUAACAACAUGUAUUUGAAGACCGUGGACAAGUUUAAUGAAUGGUUUGUUUCUGCUUUUGUCACAGCUGGACAUAUGAGAUUUAUAAUGCUUCAUGAUGUAAGGCUAGAAGAUGGAAUUAAGAACUUCUUUAAUGAUGUAUAUGAGUUGUACAUAAAGUUUGCAAUGAAUCCAUUUUAUGAACUCAAUUCCCCUAUUCGAUCUACUGCCUUUGAAAGGAAAGUCCAGUUCCUUGGGAAGAAACAUCUUUUAAGCUGAAUAAAUAAAUUUGCUGAGUGAGUGUUUUUUCCAUACAUUCCUGACUUUUUGAACUGUUACUCUUCUGGUUAGUUCCCUGCAUGUUUGAUAUUCAUCUUCUGAAGACUGACAAAUUGGGUGCUGAAGGAGCUUUUAUGUCGUAUGAAGAAGUUUUAAAAUGUUAGAGGCUGCGCAGGUACAAACUGAGACAUUUGGGUGUCAAUACAUAUGCAAAGUGUAAGCCUCUUACACAGGGUGGGAGGAAAUCAGAUCUAAAUGCAAAAGAUGUCUCCAGCCAUCUGAUUUAGUAUGAGUAAAUGGGAAUUCUUGACUGUUUGGCCUAAGUGGUUAAUUUUGUUAUGAACUUUGCUACUUGCAUUCCUUCACUAGAAAACUUACUCUGCAAACUAACCAGACUAACUUCACACUUUGUGAUAGUAAAUCAGAUCUAUUUAUUAAUGUGUAAUUGUGUGUAUAUAAAGUGCUCAAUAAAAAUAAGAGGAUAGAUAGAAAAGCUGUCUCCAGUAUUUCGAGAAGCUUUGAGAAAAAAACUUAAAAGUUUAAAAGCUUAUAAUUUCAAAUUCACCAUAUGUGUAGUGCAGUACAUGUUUAGCUGCAGUAUUGCAUCAAUGAAAGGAAGUAGACCAGAACAGCCAUGUCUGCCCUAACAUUAAUUAUAAUUCACACACAAAACCCCUAAACUAAAUUUACAUGUUUAAACCCACUUCUUUCCAUUACUUUUCAAGUGCUGGAAACUUUCUUUUUGCAAAUGUAUUUAGAGUAGGAUCUCUGAACCAUGAAACUCCAUUUGUUGAGGUUUCAGAAAGGCAUUAUUUGGCCCGUCUGGCUCCUAUUCCAUUGUAAAACGUGUUAGGGACCCUUUUGCAAAACCUACCAUCAUUCCAAACCAGUAAUUUUUAAUAUGCCAUAUAUGUACCUAAUAUUUUGUUUAGGUUUACAAUCCUUUGGGUAUUCUGUUCCUUUUUGCAGCAAACCUGUGUAAGCUAUCUUCUUGCACUUUUUUUUUAAAUGUCUGAAAAGUAAUUUCCAAAGGAAGUGACAUGGUGUUCUAAGAAGUACAUUUUGCAUAGUCUGUAUAAUUAAAGGGACCACGUGUAUGUGCUAUAUGUACAGUCAGUCAUUAUUUCUACACUUACUGCUACACUGUCACUGUAAAAUAUACCACGAGAAAAAAAAGAACAUGAUACAAAGAUUGAAAUAUUUACCUUAAAUAAAACAUGGAAUUAUGCAGUA